AUGCUUAUCCAUACAGAACAAAAACCAGGAUCAAUGUUCACACUAGCCAAAAUUUCAAAGCCUCUAGACGUCUUCAUCUUCUCGUUCUUAGACUCUUGCCACUGUUCUCUUAACUCAGGUUUCCUCUUCCCAUUAAUACUCUUGCCACUGUCAUCUACUUGCGCUACUUCAAUUAAUGCAGAAAAAAUUGAUGGAAGAAAUCCAGCAGGUGGUGAAAUGUAG